AUAUCAGUAGAUUUAAAAAAGUAUUACAGUACAAGGCAUUGCGAUGGGCGACGCCAGGCAGCCUAUGAGGCCCCAUCAGGCCUCCGCAGGAUCUGAGGCUGAUACAUCGCGAAUUCAACGCUCUGGGACUAGAAAUGCCAAACAAAGACGCCGCUGCUCACUGGCGCUUAUGUGGACAUCCUUUGGACUUGUUACCCUUAUCUACAUGUGUUGCACCGGAUUGAAUUUCUACGCGACAAUGAACAAUUGCAACCAGAGCAAAGAAAAAUCAAUUGAUCUGCAAAUUUUUCCCUUAAAAAGCAAGAUCAAGGACAUGGCAGAAAAAUCGUACAAGCGUCACCAACAGUUUUUUAAUUGCUUACUUACAACGAAGUGUGACCCUGAAUUGUUUUGUCAUGAAAAUUCAAAAAUGCUCUCCAACGGCAAGAAAUACUUUUUUUCGGGAAAUGCAAAUUUCUUGAAGAAUAUAAUACAUAGUAUUGGAGAUUGGGCUUACGCAAAUAAGUCGUGCGAGGAAAACGGCAUGCACCUCGCAACCAUUCUUGAUCAGAAUCAUUUGGAUGCACUGUGGAAUGAAUCCAGGGAUGUGUUUGGAGUAAGUGGAAACUGGGGCGUAUGGGUUUCGGCAAAAUCCUAUGGUAAAGGAAAGUAUGAUAUUCGUUGGUUAGACGGUACUCCACUGGAAAAAAAUAGUUCACUGUGGAGGGAAAAUGCCGCCAAAGAAAACUGCAUCAAUCUUUCAACCGGAAUUUCUGGGCUACAAGGAAGUUUAUGUGAUAGAUCAUUUUUUUAUUUUAUUUGUGAUUUCCCUACCGAGUGUUACAAAUAACUCAGACAAUGCUAUACUUUAUUCCGCUUAGUUUGCUUUUUUUACAUUUUAAAUAUGUAGAAAUUUUUAUCUAUCUGCAUAUGGAUACUUUUGCUGUAUUAUGUAUGAUCAAAUUUUAUUAAAUUAUAUAAGAAAUAUUCUU